CGGCGUUCGAAGCGAGCGCUUGGCCAAACGUCGCGUGAGAUUUGUAGAGACUUAGUAAAUUUUUUGUUGUUUGUUUGUUUGUUUUGUGGGCUGGCGCAGCGCCCAACGCCCACUUUCUGAGACUGUUAUAACUUGAAAUGCAGUUGCAGUUAAGGGGUCAAUAGCAAAUCCAACGACAAACUCAAAUCCAAAAUAUCAAAUCUCAAACUCAAAUCAAAUAAAAAAAAAACUCAACAGCACCAUGACAAUUGCAUAUCAAACGCAGCUGAGCUCAGCAUUGCUGCUGCUUCUAAUGCUGGCAGCGACGCUAGCAGUGGCCAAGCCGCCACAGCAACAACAACAGCAACAACAUCAGCAGCAACAGCAACAACAAUCAGCAAAGGUUGCAUUCCCCGAGGAGGACAGCGAUAUGCUAAUGGAGCCGAACGACUUCACGCCCAUCACUGUGCUGCGCUCCCAUGAGCAGCAGCACUUCCAUAUGCCGCCCACGACGCAGCUGCAAGUGCAGCAGCAGCCACUGCCGCGCAGCAGCCUGGGCACAACCACGCCCAGACACUUUCAGUCGCCGGCGCAGCAGCAGCAGCAGGAACAGUUCCGACCCAUUGCCAAUCCGAAUACGCAGCUAAUAUCGCGAGCUGAUGGGCCAGUCGCAAUCGCAGGCGGCGGCGAUUCGCAUUCGCAGGCGGCGCAGAACUUCUAUCCACCUUUCUACCAUGAGGCGCCACCGCUAGGCCACUCGCGUCCGUACUUUGCAGCAGCUGGCGGCGAGUCCAGUGCCUUGCCGCUGCCACUGCUGCCGCAAGUGCAACAACAACAACAGCAGCAGCAGCAGCAACAGCAGCGCGGCUUUGAUGCCGCCAUUUUGGGCAGCGGCGACUUUGGCGUACUGCGCGGCGGCACGUUCUAUCCGGAGGAGGAGAUGCCGUAUCACCCGGAGGACAACAGCGACUACAUCUACGGCGAUGCCAACAAUGGCCAUGGCCGACCCAGCGAGGGCUUCAUACAGAAGUACACGUACCCGGAGGAGCAGUUCGCCCACUUCCGCGACUUUGCGGACAUCAACACGCCCGCGGACUCGGCCUUCUCGCAAUUCGUCGUCGUCUAUGCGGCCAAGAAUGCCACAAAGCCGCACAGUCAUCCGCAUCCGAAGAAUAUAUUCGAGCAGCUGGAGCUGCUGGAUCGCGAGAAGGCGCUAGAGCAGCAGCAGGCGGAGAAGGCGAAGAAGCCGCAGCCGCCCAGCAAGUCCAAGUCGAAGCUCUCGAAGACGAAGCUGCAAAAGAAAUAUAAGAAGAAGACGCCGCUCAAGGAGCCGCUGGAUCUGGAGCAGGAGCAGGAGCAUGAGCACGAGCUGGAACUGGAGCCGCUGCUGGCGCUCAGUUAAGCGAAACGAACAAAUUUUGUUUUAAUUUAUUUUGCAAAUGAAAAAGAGAAAA